ACGUCAACAUACAAACACACACACACACACACACACUCGCUCAUCCGCCGCCCCCAGACACACACACAGACCAUGAUGGGUCGUCUCUCACGUCUGCUGCCCCGGGGACACGUCUUCCUCUUCCUGCUGGUGGUGGUGGUGGCGCUGAGCCAGGGAACACGGCGCUGCCGGGAGGCGGACGUGCUGCUCGGAGAAGGGGAGGUGCAGCGCAUAGGCGGCGGAAAUAGGGACUCUGAUGGUGAUUAUUAUUUUAUGAACGUGUACCUGAGGCCCGAGGAAGGCUUCCUUGGUGUGGCUGUGCAGGUCCUAGUGGACACCCGAAAUGGAACAACGGUGAGGCUGGCCGCGUGGUUCUCCAAGGACAGCCUGUUCACCGCCGCCAACACAACCGCCUGGUGGAGGUUGUUGGUGUGGGUGUGGGUGUAUCCCAGUCACCGUGUGGUGGAGUUCAAUGUACGUCUUGGUGAUAGUGGGAAGGACUGUCACACUUGGGUCACCGCUGACAACCAACAGGGUCUGGACGUGGUGGGUUACGGCCCGUCACGAUGGAGACAUACGGAACCACCACCUGAGUGUCCCUAUCAAGAAAUUACCGAAGCGUCCUGGCCACUAAACACACCCACCUGCACGGCGCCCCCACCCAUCACACGAGCCACUACACCCGCGCCCAUCACACGAGCCACUACACCCGCGCCCAUCACACGAGCCACUACACCCGCGCCCAUCACACGAGCCACUACACCCGCGCCCAUCACACGAGCCACUACACCCGCGCCCGACCCUUUGUUGGUGGCAGCGGUGACAGCAGUGCUGGUCGCCCUUGUGACGGCCGUGGCAGCAACACUGAUAGCGGCGGACUUGUUCCGCACACAACAGCGUCGCGGAGCGGAUCAGAACGCCGCCUAGACCAGUACACGCCCCCC